AUGCAUGCCCCCUUUCUCUUGAAAUCUGUGCACAGCCUGCGUUCACAUGUGACUCGGUUGUCUGGGGGUCAACUUCUUCCUCCGGGGCCGGGCUCUCCAGCUGCUCGCAGCCCUGAUGGAAGGCCCGACGAUCCAGAGACUAUCUAUGCUCGAUUCGACGACCAGCUAGUUCUGAACCACUUAGCUGCAAGUCUGGGCAUUUCGGCUGACCUCGAUUACAGUCUCUGUUCUGUCCUUAAUAGCCGCCGGCUUUUGGCUCCGUCGACUGCCACAGCAGCGGCUGGUACCGUCAAUUCUGGCCUUGGCAGCCCUGCCGAAGCUUGCAGGGCGGCGAUUGAGCAUGACUACAUUGUAGCUUGUCUUUUUGUGGUCUUCACUGCCAUCAGCUUACCAAGGUUGGCUCGGCAUGAAUCUGGUUUCUACCGCGUGGCAACUUUUUCUCUACUAAAACCUGGAGAUCUUGAGGCUCGAAGCCUCGAAUUUCUGGCUCUUGCUUCCUCCAACCUACUUCGACUUGGUCUUGAAAUGUCAUCCUCCGUUAUUUCCUCAGAGGCCUCUUGUGGUCCGAGUAAUUCUAUUGGCUUUAGCUCAACUUCCAACGGCAGCACUACUACUGGCGGAGGUGGCAGCGUUUCUGGUAUAAGUGGAAGCAGCGGAAGCGGUAGCAGCAGUGGUGGUGGGUCUGGAGGGGCUGGAUCCAGCCUCUUAGCUGGCUUUGCGACUGGCAGCUCGGGCCAUUAUCAUCACGGCCACCAAUCACAGCAUCAGCAAGUGACUAGACAAUCAGGCCGUGAUUCAGUCUAUCUCGUAUUCGAUAGCCUUGUCCGUCUGUCGCCUUGUCUUACAGCCAACCUCCAGGAGGCAUGUUUCCCGUAUGCCCUAGUUCGCAAUGCAUACCACAAUGUGACCAAGCUGGCUGCCCCAGCACUUGCAUCAGCAGCUCAUCCGACUCCUGAGUCUGCAGCGGCUCAGUUUGCUGAAGCAACUCUUCAGGCAAAGAUAAGCGGUAAAGAAUAG